AUGACGCUGUCAUUAGUACCUCUCAAAGCCUCGACGCCGCCCGCGUUUUCCUCGAAACCGCCCUCCCACCCGCCGCACACUGCAAAUGAGCGUCCGGCCGCACAAGCAUCAGCAGCGAGCGCAGAAAACCUUCCACUUCGCCUACCACGCCCGCUAUCCCGACGACUGAGUGCCUUCCCCCACCGCCGCCCGGGUCGCCAUCUGCAGAGCUCCAAGUCGCUGAGCGCUGUACCGACGCUGUCGAUCGACGACGCCAUCUCGCCGGACCCAGCAGCAGCACCACCCCCAGCGCCCCCAGCCCUCCGCCCUCGCCCGCCGCGGCAUUGGACCACCAUGGCGACGCACGACCAUGCUCCCAGCGCGGCCACCGACCUGCUGCGCCAGGCCAUGAUGCAGAGACUGCGCGUCGCCGUCACCGCGAGAUCACGCUCAGCAACGCCCAGCAACGCUCAGCAACGCUCUCCGCGCCAGCCUCCCGCGCUCUCUGCUUUCCGCAUGCCGCUCCUCGCAAUGCGCUUCGCUAACCGCCUGGUUGCCUCCAGCAGAGUCGGCGAUGACGAUCACGACCACAUCGGCUCCAACAACUCCACGCCCCCGGGCAUCGAAACACCACGUCCGGACCCGACGGACAAGCGACAGCCCGGCAUCCUCAGCUAUUUUGGCCAGGUUCGUUCCUCUCUCCCCUCGAUUCCCUCGGUCUUCCGUCCCCGCACGUCGCUGUCCGGCCCCUCUGCCUCUGCCCAGCCCUCAGAGCCCCAAGAGCCCUCAGAUAGCAGCGGUGCGCAACGCGAUGAAGGUGCGGAGAGAGGGCCUGCUCCCGAGCCGCCAGUGGGCGCUGCCGCCCUGCCCACUGCGCCGAGCUCGCCGAGCAAGCACUCGGGCGGCGAGGAAGACUCUCCCCCGUUGCUGCCGCAUGAGCGCUUAUCAGCGCCGCAGAGCGAUGCCUCUUUCUCUUACCCCACGCCUCCAGCCUCUUCUGCAUCUUCCCUGCACAGAGUGAGCAAGGGCGAGAAUAGCACGUCCACGAGCGGCCCUUCUUCCCCUUCGCUGUCACAGUCUGCCGAGGACAGGAACGAUGGCUCUUCAGCGUCUACCCCACGAAGGCAGACUUCUGCGAUCUCCAACCCCGUGUCUAGCGUCACCACCACGACUGCUGUUCCUGCUGCACACUUCUCGACUCCUUCGAGCACUGUCCCCAGCAACCCGCCGACCACCCUUUCUCACUCUGACGUUGCAACCCCCUCCGCUUCCCGGUGUUCUGCAGAGUCAUCGCCGAAUGAGGAGGGCAAGACGCUAACUGAAAACGUGGCGCGUGCUCAGAAUACUCCGCCGCAAACGCCAAGGACUCAGUCUCAGGAAGGAAAGGUUACCUCAAACCCCCAACCACCUCCUGCUCCGCAGUCUGCCCGUAGCAGCGGUUCGACUGGAGGCUCCAACACCGGUGUCAUCGCGCCCAAGGGCAAGCUCUCUGUCGUCAUCACCGAAGGUCGCGGUUUGCGACCCAGCACCGAUCCCUAUGUGGUCUGCCAGUUCCAAUGGGCCGAGGACAUUUCAGACGGCCCCAAGAAGGGAGAGGAGCCGCCGAAAGGACCGAUGGCCAUGAUGCGCACCGACAGCGACUCCGGGAGAGCCAUGGCGAUUCCAAUGAGGAGCAGGCAAAGCAGCAACCACGGAUGGAACCCUCAGGAGGCCAGGGACCGUAAUGAGAUCAGCGAUCCCAAGUGGGACCACAAUGCCGUUUUUGACGUCGUCGGCGACCACGCUGAGAUUGACGUUUCCGUCUACGACAAAUCGAACAAUGAGGCCUUUUUGGGUCACGUUCGUUUCUGCCCCAACCUGGUCGAGUACGAGAAGCCUCUUGACGCCUGGUUCCACCUGGAACCUCGGGAAGGCGAGCAGGACUUUGUGACCGGAGAGAUUCACCUGCGGGUCAACUUCCAGAAGGUCGAGAAGAAGCACUAUGGCCCGGAGGAUUUCCAGAUUUUGAAGCUUAUCGGAAAGGGUACUUUCGGUCAAGUCUUCCAGGUCCGCAAGAAAGAUACUGGCCGGAUCUACGCCAUGAAGGUCCUAUCGAAGAAGGUGAUCGUGCAGAAGAAGGAGGUCGCACACACGCUUGGCGAGCGCAACAUCUUGGUCCGCACGGCCAUGGCCGAUUCGGCUUUCAUUGUCGGAUUGAAGUUUUCUUUCCAAACACCGACGGAUCUCUACCUUGUCACCGACUACAUGUCUGGCGGCGAGCUUUUCUGGCACUUGCAAAAGGAAGGGCGUUUCAACGAAGCACGCGCCAAGUUCUACAUUGCCGAGCUCAUCCUGGCGCUGCAGCAUCUCCACGAGCACGACAUCGUCUACAGAGAUCUCAAGCCGGAGAACAUUCUCCUCGACGCCAAUGGACACAUCGCGCUCUGCGAUUUCGGCUUGUCGAAGGCCAACCUGACGGAGAACGACACGACCAACACCUUCUGCGGUACGACCGAGUAUCUGGCACCCGAAGUCCUGCUGGACGAGCAUGGCUACACGAAGAUGGUCGACUUCUGGUCGCUCGGUGUUCUCGUGUUUGAGAUGUGCUGCGGCUGGAGCCCCUUCUAUGCCGAGGACACCCAACAAAUGUACAAGAACAUCGCUUUCGGCAAGGUGCGUUUCCCUCGCGAUGCGCUGAGCACCGAGGGCCGGAACUUUGUCAAGGGCCUGCUCAACCGGAACCCCAAGCACCGUCUCGGCGCCAACCGCGACGCCGAGGAACUUAAGGCGCACCCCUUCUUCGGAGACAUUGACUGGGAUGCCCUGGCCAAGAAGAACCUUGUCCCACCGUUCAAGCCGAAGUUGAAGUCGGAGCUGGACACGUCCAACUUUGACCCCGAAUUCACGAAUGCGCUGAACCAGGCAACGUCGCUGAACGCACGGGCUGCGGCGCUUGCUGCGGGAAUGAAUCCUGCGUCGACGCCUCUUUCGCCCACGAUGCAGGCCAACUUCAAGGGGUUCACGUUCGUGGACGACAACCACAUGGACGAGCACUUUGGCGGUCGCGAGUUCGAGAUGGAGGAAGACGAGCAACUGCGGGACCCUGAAUGGGAGAAGGCGAACCCGCCGACACGGACGGAACGCAUGAGCGGCGUGGUGCCGAGCGGCGAGCACGAUGAUUCCAUCUUCAACAACCACAACGGCGCCGGGUUCGAGGUUUGA